AUGGAGAAGAAGACAUGGUCAAUGCUGGUAGAACCCCAUCACAUUAGAAUAACAGAGAACAACCCCGAUGUAGUGAAUCAAAUGGCAGCCAAGCUGGCUUGGGACCGAAGUUGCAAGGCCGAAGACGCCAAUACAGAACUAUACACGGGCUCUGGUCCGGACAAGCCAGUCAUCUGGUUCAAGCAGACCAUCGGCAACGCCUGCGGCUCCAUUGGUCUGCUCCAUUGCCUGAUCAACGGUCCAGCUGUCGACUUCAUCACGCCCGAGUCCGAUCUCGCGGCCAUCCGAAGCGACGCUAUUCCGCUCGAUAUGACCCACCGCGCCGAAAUACUGUGCAACAGCGAGCCAUUUGAACUGGCCCACAAGUCGGUCGAGCAGGCCGGCGACAGCUAUGCAGAUCCGACUGAUGGGCGUAGUGGGGGCCAUUUUGUGGGGUUCGUCAAGAGCGGUGGAAAGCUCUGGGAGCUGGAAGGAUCACGGAAGGGUCCUUUGGAGAGAGGCAGUCUGGCUGAUGAUGAGGACGUUGUCAGUCCACGAGCCCUUGACAUGGGUAUCAGGAGGAUCAUCCAGUUGGACAAGGACUGA